GUUUCUAACCGCCUCGCUCGUCGCAGCCGGGAGAGAGAGACGGUAGUGCACGUUUUUACGUUUGUUCGUCAGCUACGUUUGACUAAGUACAGUCCGGGAUAGAACGGAGCACGUCUCGCGCGCUCUAUUUUUCUAUAUUUUUUUGUUCUCUUUUCUCGGUUUACCCGUUCUUUUCCACGGCGGAUCGUAAUCUCGUCGCUCGCGCGUCCCUCUUGUUUAUUUGUCCGAUAGAUACGCGGCUGACAGAGACGCUAUUCUCUCGGGAAUCUUUAGUUUAUACAUAUUUCGUAUCGUCGUGUGGAAAAGCCGGAAAGGCUUGUCGAAGGCUACGUUUGUCUAUCCGGGGGAUACGAAGGACUAACGAGUGUGAGGGAAAGCCUGUUAAACACACACGGAAAGGAAGAAGAAGGAACGCAGUGGCUCGCCGGUGUAGACUCGCAACAGAGAAGAGCGCGCGUCUCGCUGCCAGUCAACCAGUCGGCCAUUCAGUCAGUCAGUCGAUCAUUCAGUCAGUGCCGGUUCUACACUCCGAACGUUUUCUUCUCUCUGUCUGUUUAUAUUCAGUCCCGAGUUCCUCAAUGGUGGCUGUCUCGAUGUGUUUUGCUGGCAACCAACGAUAAUCCUUUGUCUGUAAGUGAAACGAGAAACGGGAACACGAAGAGAACCGAUCGAAAACUUGGAUCCUAUUGGUGGUGUUGUACGAUUUUUGUGUUCCAUCGUUGAAGACACAAAUACGCACGAAGUACACGAUAUCCCUGGCCAAAAGCUCGGAAGGAAAAUGUGCCGCCAACGGACACGGCCAGUGAAUUGAUAAAUUUCAUACGUGAUGAUUUUCUUACGUUAGCAAUUCGUUGAUUGUUGGUGAUGAUUGUGCUGGUUCGCUAUGUACACGCCUUCACGUCGUGAGCGUCGUCGUUAAAAAAAAGGAGGAAGGAGGAGGGAGCCUUUUCCGCCGAUUCAAACGUCCAUCCUUAAACAUCUCUCGUCGUGUCUUUCUUCCCUUGGUCCACGUAUAGUCACAAGAGGAGAGAUCGAGGCGGGUAAAUAGGCGAAGCGAGGGCGAUCGAAGCAAAAGGGACGAUCGAGGAGGAGGUGGAGGAGGAGGAGGAGGAGGAGGAGAAGGAGGAAGUGGAGAUAACAAGGGCAUGAUAAGCAAGGACACGGGCGUUGGACGAAUAUCAGGUGACACGGUAGACGGUAUCCAAGGAAGGUUGAACGUUGUCCAGGAAGGAAGGAGGAAGGUGUAUCGACAGAUUCGCCGUCUUGUCUCACGGCAACGGAUGUCGGAAUGACGCGUCGAUCAAGCCGUGGCUGGGCAGAGGGUGCAAGGACUUCGUUAAACGGAAGAAAGUGAUAGUCGUGGCUCGCUUCGGAGGAGGCGGAGAGGCGGAGUUCGUUGGAGAAGGGAGAGGAAGAAGAAGGAAGCGUCGGAGAUCGUCGAACUUAUCAGAAGCGAUCGUGGGCUCAUUGUCUCGUCACUCUCCAGCAACGGCGACGGAUAACGUCCUCUCGUCGCUAUCAUGAUGUUAUCGUUAUGAGAUUCAUCGUAUUUCCUUAUACCUGACAGUCGAGAAUACUGUCGAUUACUUCUUCGAACGGAGAGGUGAAUAAAAUAGAAGGGAUCUCGAGCGGACCAAGUAAAAAAAAAAAAAAAAAAAAAAAAAAAAAUCACGAAAAUCACUAUAUAAGAGGACACGGAAAAAGGAAAAAGAAACGAGACUACCAAAGAAUUUGAUUCGGGGAGGAAGAGGGUCAAAGUUAACUGACCGAAAGCACGCAGUAGCAAAGGAAACAGUGAUCUCGUUUAACCUUGAAGAGGAGAGAGAAGAGAGAGAGAGAGAGAGAGAGAGAGAGAGAGAGAGAGAGCAUCGUAAAUCGUAGAACGUAAUCGCGCAAGGACAGGCAACCGACUGUCCGUGUGGCUGUUGCGUUGGAAGGGUGCCGAUAAAAGAAUAGAGGGGUGCGUGGUGAAACGCGACGAGAGGGUGAAGUGAAGGUGUCCUCGUGGGGUGCCAGAGUGAGCACGAUAGCACCUCUGGUGCCCUCGGCCGUGGGUCCCGAGGGGACGGACGCCAUGGCGGCCUCUUCGUCCUCGUCGAGCGGCGAGCAACAGUACUCACUCAGGUGGAACGACUUCCACUCGAGCAUCCUCAGCUCAUUUCGUCAUCUCAGGGACGAGGAGGAUUUCGUGGACGUGACCCUGGCAUGCGACAGUAGCAGCUUCACCGCGCACAAGGUCGUUCUCUCUGCGUGUAGUCCUUACUUCCGCCGCCUCCUCAAGGCCAAUCCAUGCCAGCAUCCGAUCGUGAUCCUGAGGGACGUCGCCUCGUCGGACAUGGAGUCGUUGCUGCGCUUCAUGUACCACGGAGAGGUGCACGUAGGUCAGGAACAGCUCGCCGCGUUCCUAAAGACGGCGCAGAUGCUUCAGGUUCGAGGGUUGGCCGAUGUGAACAGCGGCGCUGCCAAAAUUCCUCCUCCCUCGUCCUCCGGCGGGAACAAUGGCAGUGCGCCGGCGACACCGCGCAAUCCUUGGCAAGACAACGGCAGAGGAGAGUUGAACGAGAGCGGUCUGAGCCCACCACCAGAGAAGAGACCUAGAAGCUAUAGCCCACCGUUGGGUAACCACGUGGAGCCCAAGACCGACCUUCAAGAAUCGCUUUUGGGCCAGGCAUUGGCGGAGGGACCUACGAUACACACGACACCCACGAACAACGUUCAGGCGCAAUCUACCGGCGAGGACUCGAAUUCCAUGUCGGACAACGAGGAAGAGAUGUCGAAUAACGACAGCAUCCUGAACUCGGUGAAGACCGAGCCAAGCGACAUCCUGAAUGAUUCUAUGGAACAUCACCGUAAUUCGUUUCCGGCGCUCUUGGGAAUACCAGGACUGAUACCAGGACCGUCCGGGAUCCACGCGGCGAAUCAGGAUCCGAAUUACGUGGCCCGCCGCGGCUUGGACAUGAUGCGGGUCCGCGCCACGGAUCCACGCCCCUGCCCGAAAUGCGGUAAGAUCUAUCGAUCCGCCCACACAUUGCGCACUCACCUGGAAGAUAAGCACACGAUCUGUCCGGGGUAUCGUUGCGUGCUGUGCGGUACCGUGGCCAAGUCGAGGAACUCGUUGCACUCGCACAUGUCGCGCCAACAUCGAGGGAUCAGCACCAAGGAUCUACCGGUCCUACCCAUGCCCAGCCCGUUCGACCCUGAAUUGGCGUCUCGUCUGUUGGCCAAAGCAGGUGUCAAGGUGAGUCCCGCCGAGUUGCGAGCCCGUGCCAGCCCCACCGGCCCGAGAAGGGGCGAUAUGAGGCUCGAGAUACCACGAGGGGGCGCCCCGUCCGAGGCUGGGAGCAGCAUCUGCGGCGGGGACGAUCCGGAGGAUCUCACUUUGCCGCUCAGCCUCAGGUAUGGAUCACCCACGCCCAAUAACAACACCGUGAUCACGAAGGUGAGCGGCAGCGGGAACAACGGCAGCGGCAGCACCAAGAACUCGACCACGACCGCGAUAGCGGCCAAGUCUUUGGACACGUUGCACGGCAGCCGCGAGCCGAACACGGCGCCCCUUCAUCCACCCGGCCAUCUUCAUCCGAGCCAUCACAACACCAGCGCGACGGGAUCAGCCAUUCUCGACACAUAUUUGCAAUUUAUCGCCGAGAAUUCCGGUUUGACGACGAUGGGCCUCAGCCCCGAACAAGCCGCCGCUGUCGCGGCGGCGCACGCGGCCAAGAUGGCGCACAUGAGCGCCAUGGACAAGUUGGGCGGUCGUGGGAUCGAGGAUUAUCCCAUGAUCGGCCGGGACGAGGGUCGGGGGCCCGGUGUGGUGCACGAGGAUCGCCAGGACGCGAUGCAGGACAGGCACGUUGGAUUGUUGGAGGAGGGGGAGUCGUCGGGGGGCGAAGAGGACGACUUUAGCGAGAACGAGGAGCCGGAAAUCGUUAAAGCCGAAUAGGUGGCACGCUCGCGGCAAUCUGCGACCAUAGUUUGUUACACGAGUGACCCGAUUAUUAUUAGCAAGCGCUUUGGAGAGACGCGUUUUUCUUUUUUUUUCUUGGAUCCGAUCUUGGAUCUGGGCGCGUUCCCUUCGCUCGCAGUCAAAUCCAUCCACUACCUCAGUAGAGACUUGUUUUCCCAUUGUUUUCUUUUCGUUGCGGGAGAAUAGAAUUUUUGUUUUUUUUCUUUUUUUUUUUUUUUUUUUUUUUUUUUUUUUUUUGUUUUUCCAAAGAAAAGAUGAAGAAAGAAGAUGAAACGAAGUCAUGACACACACGUAUAAUUCACACGUUUACAUUUAUAUAAACCGGGCCGGUUCCGAUCGGAGAAACGAAUCCCUCCUUCGCUACACUCGGAGAAACGGAUCAGUGAUUUCCGUUUUCCCUUUUAUUUUACGAACACGAUACAUACACACGCAUAAAAACACAUACCUAUACAUAUAUAUAUAUAUAUAUAUAUAUAUAUAUAUAUACUCUAUCACACAUCAUGUAAACACGUGUAUAUGCGCGUAUACAGUUUUUACCCCAGUUUAAAAUAUUCCAUCUGUCUACCUCAGUGAACCACGAUAAACGAUAAGUGAUAGGACAGACCAAGACGAAUCUCACGGACGAUGAUGAUGAUGUUUCGGGGAGAGGAGAGAGAGAGAGAGAGAGAAUCAGAAUCAGGGAGACGAUAAAAAGAAAUGAUAUCGUCAUGGCUAUUCUUCGCAUGAUUUUUACUCAUUUAUGAAAAAUGAUUUAUGAAUACGAAGAAUCAGAUAUCGAUAUAUCGCGACAGACGUCGUUCAACCAGUUCCAACUGACCGGCGUUUUCACGGUCUCGUCGAAACGAUUGAUUCGUUCGUCGAAAAAAAAACGAGAGAUCGCCCCAGCGAAUCGACGAAACCUUAGACGAGAGGAUGCUAGGGAGGAUCAAUUGUUCGAUUCUUUUUAUUUUCUAAAACUGAGCUGUUUGAGAGAAAGAGGGAGAAAGGAAGAAAAAAGAGAGAGAGAGAGAGAAAGAGAGAGAGAGAGAGAGAGAGAGAGAGAGAGAGUGAGAGAGAAAAGAAAAAACGGUGACCGUCGCGUAUAUGUACGCGACUCCCGAGAAGAUAUUAUUAUUAUUAUAUUAUAUUAUAUUAUUAUUAUAUAUAAAUGUUGAGGAAAAAUAUAUAUUGUCUAGAUUUAUAGAGAAGUUAGUAUACCACGACGCGUACGUACGUACGUACACAAUACGAAUAACAAAAAAAAAAGAAAAAGAAUAACGAUAAUAAUUGGAGAGAAAAGGACGCGUUAGAAUAACGAGUAGAAUGAUACACGUGUGUAGCGUUAGGGUUUAGCACCCUUUAUAUUUUUUAGAUGCACGCGUGCAUCUUUCCAAGAUACGUACACUCACUUACAGACGCGAAUACACGGCAUUACGUACAUUAAAAUACAUAGACACACGCCCACACAGUACAAUUUUUCACGCAUGGUGUACACACAUAUGCACGUACACACACACACACACACACACACACACGAGAAAGAGAGAUUAUGUUUCCGCGCUUGAUUUGAAUUCGCGCGCGAAUCAAUUACGUACGGUCGUGUCUCGUGAAGAGUGUCGCUUUAGAAUCGCGACGAUUAUUACGAUUGUUAAUUAUCUACUCGUUUUAUCGUAGGAAUAGAAAAAAAAAAAAGAAAAAGGCGGGAUAUGUAAAGUCGGAGAAACCGGGUAAUCUCAUCGUGUCGAUCAAUGAAAUAUUCUCGUUGUUUCUCGUUUCGUUUGUAAACUUAGGUUAGAACGGUGUUCGAACGAAGAAGCUUUGGCUAGCUUUCUUUGACCAGCCAGGAGGGGAUAUAAUUGUUACGAUAAAACGUGAUAAAGUAGAAUCUCGUUAGGAUUCGAGAGAUGGUCGAGACGAUGCGUUCUACUCGGUUCUGGAAAAUGGAAUUAGGCGAAGUAGCGCGCGAAACUACGAAAAAAAAAAAAAAAGAAAAAAAGGUCUCGACUCGGGUAAAUCAAUUAACCUUAUUCUUGUCGUUCCUUUUUUUUUUUUUUUUUUUCUUUUUUUUACCCUCUUUCAUAGUUUUCAUUCUUGCAUAGAAAAUCCGUCGAAUUAAUCGAAAUGGAAAAAGAGAUUCAUCCCCUAAGGGCUUGCCAUGACUUUUCUUAGUACUUAAGUUCUUUAUUUCGAUCAUUUUUCUCUUGAAGGGAACGACACGAUUCUUUUUAUCCGUAGAGAUCUUCUCAUAGACGAUUAGUUGCUCGUGUAUUGUUUUUUGUUGUGUGUUUUCUUUCUUUUCGAAAGAAAAAAAAAGAGAGAAGAAACGUGACGCAUGAGGAAACAAGGUAGAAGCCACGAGUGGAAAGGAAGAACUGUUUCAUCUUUUCUUGAACUUCGUCUUGCUCCUAAUGGAGCAUCGAUCGGAGUCUUUCCGCAUUCUUGAACGUGUCGUUAGCUCUGACUCAUCUCGAUACUCCUCUCUAGCCUCGUUUUAUUUAUAAAUCCGUCUCUUCUCGUUCUCUAACGAUUUUUCGUUUCACGAUAAAUUGUAUUUCAAAUUUUAUUUUUUAUUUAUCUUUUUCUUUUUUUUCUUUUUUUUCCGAUCAUCCUCGUAAAUUAUACACACGUGGUUCUCGUUCCACGAGUGGCGAUGAAGAUAUAUAUAUAUAUAUAUAUAUAUAAAAUGGGAAAGAAAGAAAGAAGUUAGAAGCAGUUUCUAAGAUCGUAACUGCGCGCGCGAUUUCGUGUCCAGGUUCGAGAAGUAUAAUAUUAAAAUGGUUCCUACUAAUUGAAUGCAUACACGAGCUACUUUGAUUUACAGUAUAUCUUGAGAAUAUAUAUUAUAUACAUAUAAAUAUAUAUAUAUAUAUAUACACACAAUACACAUAUAAUUAGAUACGCCUAGGAAAAAAAAAAGAGAAACUUAGCAAUACGUAGUGGCGCAUCGCGUUUUAAACAAAAAGUUUUCUUCCCUUUCACGUUCUUUAUCAUAAUAAUUAUUAAUUUCGUCCUUUCUUAUCAUUUUGUUUCAUUUCUUCUUUUUUCUUUUAAUGCGCGAAUUUUUUUUCUUGCGCGAAUGUGCAUGGAAGAGUGACGAAUGACGAAUAAGUGAGAAAAUCGAUUAUGGCUGAAGAUGAAUCCUUUUUUUCUUUUUUUUAGAUCUUUAACACCUAUUUUUAUUCUUUCUUUCUUUUUUUCUUUUUUCUUUCUUUCUUUCUUCUUUUUAUUUUUUUUUUUUUUUUUUGCCUAGAUUUAGUAGGUUGUAAACAAUACUCGGAGUAUACUAACCCUUUCUUAGCCUGUAAGAGCAUUUUAUCUAUGAAACACAGGGACUCUUAGUGAUUUUGUCGCUAUAAGAAUACGUCGUUCACGAACGGAAUAUAAGCUGUGUAUUUCUGCGCGAGACGAUACGUCCAAGAAAGAAAGGAAAAAAAGAAAAAAAGAAGUAGUAGAUUCGAAAAA